UCCGGGUGGGUGUUGGUUUGUCAAGAAUAAAGCGAACAGCAACAUUGUAACGUUGCAACUUUGAUUUUGAAUAAACAAAUUGACAUAUUAUUACGUUCGCGACAAAAUUGCAGUCAUGCCGGGAAUUGAGACAUUACCGAUAGAAGAAACUCUGGAAGACAGUCCGCAGACGCGCUCACUGCUCGGCGUGUUCGAGGAAGAUGCACGGGCAGUUUCCAGUUAUUUCAGUCAGCUCUUCAAAGCCAUGCAGAGAAUCUAUGACACUCAGAACGAAUUGAGCGCAGCCACUCAUUUGACAUCUAAGCUACUGAAGGACUAUGACAAACAGCGUUUUCCUCUUUGGGGCGACGAUGUGGUCAUGAGUUCAACUCUGCAGCAGUUUGCCAAAGUCAUUGACGAGCUCAGCUCCUGUCAUGCAGUUCUCUCCACUCAGCUCGCAGACGCCAUGAUGUUUCCCAUAACUCAGUUUAAAGAGAGAGACUUAAAAGAAAUUCUCACCCUGAAGGAAGUGUUUCAAAUUGCAAGUGAUGAUCAUGACGUGGCCAUCAACAGAUAUAGUCGUCUGUCUAAACGGAAGGAAAAUGAGAAGGUAAAGUCUGAAGUUAUGGAAGAUGUUUACACCUCUAGGAAAAAGCAACACCAGAUCAUGAUGCACUACUUCACUGCCCUGAACACUCUCCAGUAUAAGAAGAAGACUGCUCUGUUGGAGCCAUUAUUGGGGUACAUGCAGGCACAGAUCAGUUUUUUCAAACUGGGAUCAGAGAAUUUGACACAGCAAUGGGACGAUUUUCUCACUGACAUUGGAACCAGCGUUCAGAAUGUUCGCAGGGAAAUGGACAGUGAAUUGGAAACCAUGCAGCAAACGAUUCAAGACCUGGAGCAAGUCAGUGACCCACAAUACAUGCCCGACCCUGACCUGAACAAAAUCCCUGUCAAUCGAAACCUUACGCGCAAGGCCGCCUAUCUCAACAUUCGAAAUAAAACAGGUCUGGUGUCGUCUACCUGGGAUCGUCAGUAUUUCUUCACACAGGGUGGAAAUCUCAUGAGCCAAUCACGUGGAGACGUGGCGGGGGGUCUCGUUAUGGACAUCGAUAACUGCUCCGUCAUGGCGGUGGACUGCGAAGAUCGACGAUUCUGCUUUCAGAUCACAUCGUUUGAUGGCAAAAAGGCGGCUAUAUUACAAGCGGAGAGCAGGAAAGACUGUGAUGAGUGGAUUGCAACAAUAAACAACAUCUCCAAGAGGAUUUACCUCAGUGAGAACCCAGAAGAAAUCGCAGCUAGACUGAAUCAGUCGGCUCUUGAAGCCAUGAAACCUUCGCCCUCCUUUCAACAGCGACAUGAGAGUUUCAGACCGAACACGCAAGGUCAAACCAAAAUGUCGCGGUCAGGCAGUCAGUGUUCCGUGGGGUCAGAGUCUCCGGCGCUGUCUUCUCUCUCUGUGGAUUCGCUGGUGGCUCUGGACACACCCAUCCAGUUUGACAUCAUCUUACCCAUCAGCGAGGAACACACGAGUCAGACGAAGAUUUCCAGUCAGGGAAGAAGGACUAAUCCAGUCGGGGAGUCUGGAGGGUCACAACCUGAAGAGAGUGAAGACUCAAUCCUGCGUCAGCUCUUCAUCGUGCGGUUCUUGGGCUCGAUGGAGGUGAAGACCACAGAGAACACUGACAUCAUCUACGAGACCAUGAGACAGAUCCUAGCAGCUCGAGCCAUCCACAACAUCUUCAGAAUGACUGAGUCGCAUCUGCUCGUCACCUGUGAAAGCCUCAAGCUUAUUGAUCCACAGACACAGGUCACAAGACUACGGUUUGCUCUCUCCAGUGUUGUGCUGUGUGCGUCUCAUCAAGAGAACAAACGUUUGUUUGGUUUCGUGCUACAGACAGCAGGACGUCGAGUCGAUGGUCACCCUGUUACCGUCUGCUAUAUCUUUGAGUCAAACAAUGACGGAGAGAUGAUCUGUGACAGCGUUGGGUUGGCAAAGCAGAUCGCCCUUCACUCUGAGACGGACCGCAAAGCCACACAGAAACAGAGAGAGAUGGACAAAGCCAAGGAGAAACAACAGGAGGAACUGAAUAAACAGAAACUAAUCGAAAAGGAUCUUGAGGAACAAAGCCGUUUAAUAGCGGCAUCGAGCCGGCCCAACGCACCAGCUGCUGACGGACAGUACAUAGUCCUUAGCAACAGCCAAUCAGAGGACAGCGAUGCAGGGGAGGAGGGGCAGAAAAAGGGCGAAUCCGAGGCCUGACCGUACGGGGAUAACAAAAGUCAUACGCUUUAGUUCUUCAAGAGUUCUUCACUGUUGCCUGCAGGAUCAAAGAAACCAACCUGGAAAUAAUCGAAUUAAAAUAAUUAAUUGAAACAUAUGUGGACAUUUUGGGGAAACCUCCCAAAAGUUGUGUUAUUUGUAAGAAUCAUGUAUUUUAUACAAUAUCCGUUGUUGAAUUUGCUUUUAAAGGGUUUUUAUAUAUGUAUGUGUGUAAAUGAAUCAACUACUAUGACAUACUAUAACCUACAGAGACAUUGGGUGACAUUUGUUGCCUUAUUUGGACAAAAUUGCAUGUGUGAAUAACAGAUUUGUAGAAGACAUUAUUGAUACAGUAUGUAAGGCUUUGUUAUCUGUUCUCGUUGUAUUUUAAGACCGCAUGUGUUUAUGUUCAUUUUACUUUAAUGGUGAAUUCUAUUAGGGCGAAUCUCACAAAACCUGCCAAGAACAGGUCUACGCCAAAUUUUAAUCCUGAAAUCAAAAGAAACUUAUAAGAAUUUAUAGCCUAUUUUACAUAAAGAAUAUGAAAAGAAAAAAAGUAUGACGAUUAAGCACCCCCCAUUUUCUCAUUAUUAUCUAGUUUGAUAAUCAGUGAUGAUUCUCAUGACUGUAAUACAGGAAAUUGUCACUGUAUUCCACAAAAAAAAUCAGGCCGUACAGCAAACGCCACCAUGAUGUAUUCAUAUUUUACCAAUAAAAUUAGAUAUCAUACUUCUUUCGCAAUUGUAUGCAAUCGAGAAUUUUUGCACUUUUGUUUCCCUUUUUUCUGUUUUUUUGGAAAUUCUUUACAGGUUUUUUGAGAUUUCAUGCAGGGGUUCAAAAUGAUUGUAUAAGGUCCAGUUACAGUUAUAUGGUUCAGUUUUGUUCUUUCAGCAAUCCGUUGCAAAUUAUGUUUCAUCAUGUUCUACAUCUACAGUUACGCAUCUGUUUGAAACUUCACCCCACAGACUUAAUUACUGUGUUUCUAUUCUCUUAAUUAUUCCCUCUGAAUUUAAAACACAAAUUAUUGGUUUCGUGCCUGACGUCAUAUGAUCAUGUGAUUUUCUUUACAUAACCCAUACGUGUAGUUUCCCUUGUAAGUGUUGACAUCUGCACAUAUUUGGCCAAUAUGUUGAAAUAUAUCAUAUAAGCUUCGACCUAAGUCAAAUAAUUUGAACUGGUGAUGGAAUAUCAAAAUAAUCUUCCACUGUGUUGAGGACUUCUGUAGAUUUUGCAUUUGUAAAUGGCUGACAGAGCUGAAAAUCACACAAAGUUACAGAAUUAAAUGUCUGCUCAUUGAUUGCUUUGGUUUAUUUACUUUUAUUAUUCCCUUUUAUUGCUUAAUGGAACACAAUCUUUACAGCUCACAUUCUGUUGCAUUUACAAGCCUUUAAAGAUAUGUCUGUGUUGUGUGUAAAUGACUUGUUCAUAAUUUAUUGGGUUAAAUGAAGA